AUGAAGUUGGCUAUACUCUCCAGCUCAGCACUGCUGGGCCUGGCCUCUACGGUCACGGCUAAGCAAUCAUCCGCCUCUACUCGAAGCACCACCUACGACUACAUCAUCUCUGGAGCUGGAGCUUCUGGCCUGGUUGUUGCUGAGCGUCUCGCCGAUGCUGGCCAUAGCGUGCUUCUCAUCGAGCGAGGUGGCCCUUCGUACUACGCGACGGGCAACCGCGAUGAUUUGAUGAAGUGGAACGAGACCGCCACGGCCUAUGACGUUCCCGGCAUGGCUUUCCAUACUGACACUUCGCCGACUAUCCAGUGGUGCAGAGACAUUGCCGCCUCUGCUGGCUGUCUGCUCGGUGGUUCUACCGUGCUGAACGCUCUGAUGUACAUCAGACCUCGAGCUGCCGACUUUGAGGCGUGGCCCAAGGGAUGGAGGUGGGAAGACGGCGUGGCCGAUGCCGCCGAGAGUGUCUUCAAGCGCAUGCCCGGAAGCAUUCUUCCUUCUGCUAAUGGAAAGCGCUACGAUGACGGUGCAUUCGAGAUCAUGUCCGAGUUCCUUGAGAGCAACGGGUGGGAUGAAGUUGACGCCCUCCACAAUGCCGAGUCAAAGGACAAGGUCUUUACUCAUCCCCCGUGGCUGAUCAGCAAUGGACUUCGAGGUGGUCCUGUUCGCGAUAUCCUCCCUGAUGCAGAGGCCCUCCCCAACUUCAGCCUUCAACUCAACGCCAUGGUCCUCCGUGCCGUCCGUAAGGGACCUGUCGUCACUGGUGUCGAGGUUGAGCACAAGGAUGGCUCUCGAGAGGUCAUCAAGCUGAACAAGGGUGGUUCUGUUGUGCUCGCCUCCGGCACUCACUCGACACCUCGCGUUCUCUUCAACUCUGGCAUCGGACCCAAGAAGCAGCUUCAGAUCGUUGCUUCAGGAUCAACAAACAUCAAGCUGCCUCCAAGAACCCAGUGGAUCGAACUUCCUGUUGGACAGCAUCUGCAGGACCACCCCAUUGUUCUCGUUCAGUUCCAAACCAAGGAGGGACUUACAGCUCUUCCUAAGACAGCUUGGACUGAGCCAGACCAGGAGUCGGUCGAUCUGUUUGCUCAGGGCAGCGGUCUCCUCGCCCAGUCCGGACAACGUCUCAACUUCUGGAAGAGCGUUGAAGGCAGCGACGGUGUGACCCGCUACGUGCAGGGCACCGUCAACGCCCCCUCCAACAACACCAUCGAGGCCAAGGUGUACCUCACCCACGGCCUGACGUCUGUGGGCACGCUCGAGAUCACGGCCGACGGCAGGACCAACAUCACCCAGAAGCCCUUCCUCAACACCGAAGGCGACCGCGAGGCCCUCAAGACGUUUGUCGACGAGCUCCUGGGCUACGCGCGCAAGCCAGGCAGCAUCUUGACCGUGCCCAGCAAUCUCACCGCCGAGACGAUCCUGGAGGUCUCGUACAGUGGAAACCACCACCUCGGUUCCGCAAACAUGGGUGCUAAGAAGGACGGCCGCAGCGUUGUAGGCCCUGAUACUCGAGUCUGGGGCACAAAGAACUUGUUUGUCGUUGAUGGCAGUAUGCAUCCUGAAGUUCCUACUGGCAACACUCAGGCUUCUAUCAUGGUUGCUGCUGCCCAUGCUGCAAACAAGAUUCUCAAGGCGUCUUCAAAGCGGUACUGA